CAGCUAGUGCGUGAAAUCAGCAGUGCCAUUCAUGUGAAUGUGAAGUACCUGUACUCAUAGACUAGACGGAGGACUAGAAGUGAACUAAAAGGAGAAGGAGAAGGAGGUAAGAAGGCAGAGCGCAGAGUGUCAAUAUGGCUGUAGGCCAGACAGUGAGACCAUCGCCCUCAUCCCGAGUCUGGAUUACAUUGAUUACUCGAGGAUCUUACCUCCCAGGCGUGGUCUUGCUUGUGCACUCCCUCUACAAGCAUGGCUCCCAAUAUCCGAUCAUUAUCCAGUACACUUCUGCCCUUUCCGAGGACUGCAUAGACUGCCUCCAAAACCUCGCCGCCAUCUACCCUCUAUGUCGGACCCAGCUAGUACAACCGAUCAGUCUUCCAAAAGACCUCAAGCCAGUGGCUGGGAGAUUCGAUGACACUCUGACGAAGCUCCGCGCUUUCGAGCCGAUGGACGACUCACACACUCUGGCUGCUCUGCAACUCCAUCAAACUCCCGAAGCGGUAUGCUUCCUUGACGCAGACAUCAUGAUCUUCAAGAACCCCGACAACAUCUUCGACAUACCCCGCCCCGGCCCUGACUGGAUUCUCGCGCAUCAUGCCUGCGUCUGUAACGUGGACAACGACCCUUGGGCGCCUCCCGAAUGGAAUGUAGAGAACUGUCCUUGUACGCCUCUCGUUCACCCCUCCGCCUUGAAGGCUCCCGUGCCACAAGCAAAGACUCCCGGCCAAGAGAUUACCUACCAGCUACUCAAUUCCGGAGUCUUUGUAUGCACACCGACUCGGGAGGUAUGGGAGAGAAUCGACAACUUCCGAUUGACAGAUCCGAGAGUGGCAACAUUCACUUUUCCAGAUCAGAACUUUAUGGAUGUUUUCUUCAAGGAUCGCUGGCUACCGCUGGGCUGGCAGUACAACGCGAUGAAGACGCACAGAUACUGGCAUUCGGCUGCGUGGAGAGACGACGAAGUGGUGGCUUUGCAUUACAUUGUCGAUAAGCCAUGGCAGAAGCGCGGCGGACAGGGCUAUCUCGGAAGGGAUGGAGUCACGCAUUCGUGGUGGUGGAAGGAAUUCGAUCUGUGGGCAGGCGAUAUGGAGGGGAGGAAGGAGAUGGGGGAGAAGGCGAGAAAUGUGUUGGAGGUGGUGAAGAGCUACAUGUAUACUGGCAAUGGCAAUGGCAGUACUUAAUUCUGCUCAUUCUUGCAUGAAGAACUGAAAGAGGACGCUCGCAUUUGAACAACUAUUCAACUGAAUCUGUCCACUGUUUAAUCAAAAUCUGAUUAGAACCUUGGCCUGGUCUACCUACCUCCUAGUAUGACAGCAAUACCUAUACUUCACUGCACGGAUCACAAAGCCACAGUCUUGGCACGAGAGCAAUAUCGGUAGGAUCCGCCAGGAGAAGCAAGCGACCAACUUCAUGUACCAACCUCCUCUACCGCCAUGUAUCCUUCAAGAAACCGCAUUUCUGACCUUUCGAUGAUAAGUAUCACGGAUGGCUCAUCGUGUCGACGCUUAUUCCACUCGAUUGAGCUGAUCUUGCGAAUCAUGGGUCUUCAUCAUGAUCAACAUGCCCGUGGACCUCGAUGAGAGGACGAAGGACGAAUUACC